AUGUCUGAAGAAGUUACUUAUGCAGACCUAAAAUUCCAGGACUCCAGUGAGACAGAAAAUAUUCAGGAGUUUGACCAAGAUGCUGUGAAAGCACCUCCUGCUCCUUCCCAUGUGUGGCGUCAAAGAGCCUUGGCUCUGAUUCUUCUGUGCCUUCUGCUGCUGAUUGGACUGGGAGUAUUUGGAAGCAUAUUUUACCUAACUUUGAAAAUAGAAAUGGAAAAACUGGAAAAGCUACAAGAUUUCAAAGACAUACUUCAGAGUAAUGUUUCUCUACAACUCAAGAAGAUCAAGAAUCUCUCUAGCACACUGCAAGAAAUGGCCACCAAAUUAUGUUAUGAGCUAUAUCAAAAAGAACCAGAGCACAAAUGUAAACCUUGUCCAGAGGAAUGGAUGUGGCAUGAGGACAGCUGUUAUAGAGAAUUUGUAAACUAUGAGACUUGGCAACAGAGUGACUUCACAUGUUCUACUCACAAUGCCAGCCUGCUGAAGAUUAAGAACGAAAGUGUAUUGAAGUUUAUAAAGUCCAAGAAGUUCUAUGACGUUUGGUUAGGAUUAUCUCCCAUAGAAGAUUACAAAUAUGGAAAAGAGUUAGAUGCAACAAUUAUCUCCUCUGACUGGUUUACAAGAAACACAAGUGACUUAAAUGGUGGGAAAUAUUGUGGAUAUAUAUAUGAACUACAUGUUUAUUAUGAUUUCUGCACUAACAAAAGAAAAGGUAUAUGUGAGAAGUUAGCAAAUCCAGUGAAGAUUGAGAGCAUGCUAAUGAAUGAAGAACAAGAUGGAAGAAUGUUGUUAGUGUAA